AUGAAGGGAAAGAAGAAAAUUGACUUUCGAAAAAUCAUUAAAUCGCCACAAUCACAUAAGUCAUAUCAUUCUAAGACUAAGGACAUUAUGUCUACAAUGAAUACCAUGAAUUCCAAUGGCGGCAACAUGCAAAUGCAAUAAGCAAUAAACGUUAUGAAUAAUAAUAAUUAUCAAAUCUAGCAGCAAAGUGACUCUUCAAUGAGAUCUAUGACAAAUGAGAGAAGUGUUUUGCCUGAUGUUAGUAACUAAUAUAUGCUGGCUCAAAGUGAUUCUUCUCAUUAUUAUGCUGAGGGGAAUGAUCUUAAGAAAAAUCUAUUGAAAAAAAAUUAGGGAAAUGAAAAAAGUACGAGUAAGCAAAGGAAUAAUAGUCUCCUGAACUAUAAGACUAAAGGGUAUACUUAAAAUAUGAAUAAUGGUCUAAUAUCUGACUAAAUCUAUCAACAAGUAAAUGGCAAUAAUAUUCAAUGCUUGAAUUGUAUGAAUGUAUUCACAAGUGACAAAGUUAAAAUACAUGAAAGGACUUGUAUAAUGAAAGGUAGAACAGGAGUAAUGAACACAGUAAACAUUGAGAUUAAAAAGAGAGCAGCCCCUAAGGAGAAAAAACCACCAGCUUUCAUUUCGAGACCUAGAACGCUUAUUUGCUACAUCUGUGGUAGAGAAUAUGGAACAGCGAGCCUUUAAAUUCAUCUUAAGACUUGCAUUAAGAAAUGGGAGAUUGAGGAAUCAUUUAAGCCACCUCACUAGAGGAGACCAGUACCAGAGCCUCCUAAGAACUUCGACCUGAUGAUUUAGGGUGCCAGAAAUGGCUCUUAUGACUUUGAAUGUUAUAAUGAGGAAGCUUUCAAAGACUUCAAUGAGAAAGCUCUUGUCCCUUGUCACAAUUGCGCCAGAACUUUCCUGCCAGAUAGACUGGUUGUGCAUCUUAGAAGCUGUGAUAAAGAUUUCGCUAGAAAAAGAAAAUUAGGAAUGUGA